UUCUUCUUUUUUUUUCUUGGACUGUACCUGCAUCCUUAGCAGUUGGGAGCUAGCUGGCUUCUGUUUCCCUUGAUCGCUUCGCUGCACGGACAAAUGCAGACAAAUGCAUUUAGUCAUCCGCAGAAAACGGUGUGCAGAGGUUUCCCCCAACGCAAAAACGAAACUGCUUCUUUUUAUUGUGCUAUGUGUGGCAGGGGAUACAAUUCAUGCACAAGAACAAGGCAUAGAUAUUCUUCAGCAACUAGGCCUUGGAGACAAAGAUGUAAGACAUUCAUCAUCAGUGACUGCUGUACCAUCAUCAUCUUCACCAUUUCCUCAGGGAGUUCAUUUAACAGAAUCAGGUGUCAUUUUAACAAAUGAUACUUACAUUGAGUCACCUCUCAUGAAAAUAUUACCAGUCAACUUAAGAUACCCAUUUAUAAUACUGAUUGGGUUACGUUCACAUAGAGUAAGCAAUGCUUUUCUCUUCAGCAUUAGAAAUAAAAAUAGACUGCAAUUAGGAGUACAAUUAUUACCUAAAAAAUUAGUGGUAUACCUUGGAGGAAAGCAGUCUGUCAUUUUCAACUAUAGCGUUCAUGAUGAGCUGUGGCACUCACUUGCCAUCACUAUUAAAACGCACGCUGUCUCAAUGUUUGUUGAAUGUGGAAAACAUUUUUUUAGCAGAGAGAUUCACUCAGAAGUUCAGAUAUUUGAUUCUAAAAGUGUUUUUACUUUGGGAAGUAUGAAUAAUGAUUCUAUACAUUUUGAAGGAAUAAUAUGUCAGUUGGAUAUUAUUCCUUCUGCAGAAGCAUCUUCAAACUAUUGCACACAUAUGAAACAGCAUUGUCCUGACUCAAGUCUUCACACAACUACUGAACCAGCUAAGAUACCAGAAAAUUCUCCCUUGCCCCAACAGUUUGUUGGAAAAGUACUGUCAGAAUAUACAUUUACCCAAAGCAAAAGUAUUUUAAAUAUAAGUAAUGAUUCUGCAACAGUUCAUAAACAAGAAGAAUACCAGGUAUCGAAAUCUCCACUAACUUUUCUUCAUGCAAGGAAUGUCUCUGAUGUACACGUUGUGAACCAUGAAAUUCAGGCCGAAGAAAUGAUCACUGAAAAAUAUUCUCAGACAAACUUCAGCCUGCCAAUGAUCCAUCAUGACGUCAGUGAGGCAAGAACAAAUAGCAAGGAGAAAAUGAAUUCUGUCUUAAAUUCAUCAGACAAUAAUACACAAUACAACGACAGAGUAACUGGUUUGUCACUAUUUAAGAAGAUAUCAUCUCUUCUUCCACAUAUUAAACAAGAUUCAGUAACUAAUCUCAAGAAGGCCAGAGCAAAUCUACAUACUAAUGAACUCAUGGAACUGCAACAGAUUUUGAAUACUACCUUAUACAGAGUGACAGAUGAGCCAUCCGUGGAUAAUCACCUGGAUCUAAGGAAGGAAAGCGAAUUUUAUCCUGAUGUGAAAUAUCCUAUUGAAAAUAGCUAUGAAAAUGAGCUUUAUGAUUAUUAUUAUUAUUAUGAGGAUCUCAAUUCCAUGCUUGAAAUGGAGAAUCUGAGAGGGCCAAAAGGGGACACUGGGCAUCCCGGCCAGCCUGGUCCAGCAGGUAUUCCUGGUCCAUCAGGAAAGAGGGGUCCAAGGGGUAUACCAGGACCACAUGGAAAACCUGGGCUACCUGGAUUACCUGGUCCAAAGGGUUCCAAAGGAGAUCCAGGAUUUUCCCCAGGUCUAGCUCUUUCUGGACAAAAGGGUGAUCAAGGUCUUUCUGGAUUAAUGGGACCCCCUGGUAUGCCAGGUAUUAAGGGUCUCAAAGGACAUCCAGGGCUCCCAGGACCUCAAGGUUUACAAGGAAUACCAGGCCUUGCUGGUAGUAUUGGCUCACCUGGUUAUCCUGGCAGGCAGGGUUUAGUUGGACCAGAGGGUAAUCCAGGUCCUAAAGGUGUACGAGGAUUCAUUGGUUCUCCUGGAGAAGUAGGACAGCUGGGACCCGAAGGGGAAAGAGGCAUUCCUGGGAUACGAGGAAAAAAGGGUCUUAAAGGAAGACGGGGUUUUCCAGGUGACUUUGGAGAGAGAGGUUCUGCUGGUCCUGAUGGCAGUCCUGGAGCUGUAGGGAACAUUGGUCCUCCUGGAUUUCCUGGUCUUCGAGGUAAUGUUGGCACUGUAGGACCAGUUGGACCUGCUGGAAUUCCUGGGCCAGUGGGUCUUUCAGGGAAUAAGGGCCAACCUGGAAUCAAAGGUGAUAAGGGUGAACAAGGAAUUGCAGGGGAGCCAGGAGAACUAGGGUAUCCUGGAGACAAGGGUGCCAUUGGAUUUCCAGGACUUCCAGGAACAAGAGGAAAGCCGGGACCUUCAGGACACGCAGGUGACCCUGGACCUCAAGGACCACCUGGCCUCCCAGGACCAGAGGGAUUUCCAGGAGAUAUUGGGAUUCCUGGACAAAAUGGCCCUGAAGGAUCAAAGGGAGCCCUUGGAACUAGAGGGCCUCCUGGGCCUCCUGGCCUCAAGGGAACUCAGGGAGAAGAAGGACCUAUUGGUCCUAUUGGAGAACUUGGAUCAAGAGGAAAACCGGGUCAAAAGGGAUUAAUGGGUGAACCAGGACCAGAAGGCUUAAAGGGAGAAGUAGGAGAUCAAGGAAAUAUUGGAAAGACUGGUGAAACAGGAACAAUUGGUUUACCUGGAGAAGUUGGGGUAACUGGAAGUGGUGGUGAAAAGGGAGACCGUGGAAGUCCAGGUCCUAUAGGUCCUGAAGGGGAAAAAGGUGUUAUGGCUAUCCAGGUCCUCCUGGGCUACCAGGACCCAGUAGGUCCGACAGGGAAUACCAGUAAAGGUCAUGUGGGAGCAAGAGGGACCACCGUGGGAGUCAAGGUCCUAAAGGCAGAAGAGGGACCAAGAGGACAAGAUGGUCUUUUAGGGGAACAAGGUAUACAAGGUGUCAAGGGUGAACAAGGUGAUCAAGGAAAAAAAGGGCCUCAUGGUCUCAUUGGUAAGACUGGGAAUCCUGGAGAAAGAGGUGCUCAGGGGAAACCAGGAUUACAAGGAAUUCCUGGGAGUACUGGAGACAGAGGACUUGCAGGGGAACCAGGGUCACGAGGAUCUCAAGGUGAUGUUGGGCCUCCUGGAGAAAUGGGUGCUGAGGGACCUUCAGGAAUUGAGGGUGAAUCUGGAGUGCAAGGAGAACCAGGUGCUAAGGGCGAUAUUGGACCAACAGGCAGUGUUGGGGUUUCUGGGGAACCAGGAUUACGGGGUGAGCUAGGAGCUCCUGGAGAAGAAGGUCUUCAAGGAAAAGAUGGAUUAAAGGGUGCUCCAGGUGGAAUAGGGCUUCCUGGAGAGGAUGGAGAAAAAGGAGACACAGGAUUAAAAGGGACUACAGGGCUCUUGGGUACAUCAGGAUUAAUGGGCCCUCCAGGGCCUGAAGGAAUUGUGGGAGUUCCAGGAGAAAGAGGUCAUCCAGGAAAAAAGGGUGACAAAGGACAAAUAGGGCCCACAGGAGAAAUUGGAAGCAGAGGUGAUCCUGGACAAAUUGGGGAGAAUGGUCCUAAGGGUGCCAGAGGAACUAGAGGUGCUGUGGGACAAUUAGGAUUAUUGGGACCUAAUGGGGAACCAGGAAUCCCAGGAUAUACGGGCCAUCAAGGCCAACCAGGACUUCCUGGACUGCCUGGACAUAAAGGAGAAAAGGGCUACCCAGGAGAAGAUAACACAGUCUUAGGACCACCUGGGCCUCGAGGUGAACCAGGUUCCAUGGGGCAUCAGGGUGAGAGAGGAGAGCCUGGAGAAGAAGGAUACAAGGGUCAUGUGGGUAUACCAGGACCAAGAGGCACCACUGGACAGCAAGGGACCCCAGGAGAGCCAGGUGAACAAGGUGAACAAGGACUGAAAGGAGAAAGAGGAUCUGAAGGACCUUUUGGGAAAAAAGGAGCUUCUGGUCCUUCUGGAAAACCUGGAAUUCCUGGACUUCCAGGCCUACCUGGGCCGAAGGGUUUACAAGGAUUUGAUGGAGCAGAUGGCACAGCAGGAAAUCCUGGAAAAAUUGGGCUGACAGGAAAACAGGGUCUUACUGGAAGCACUGGCCCCAUCGGUAGAGAAGGUAUAAUAGGUCCAAGAGGUAGAACUGGACCAAGAGGUGAAAGGGGAUUUAGAGGUGAAACUAUAAUCAACUUACAACAAGAGCUUAUUAAACCUUCUGACAAUGAUUUAAUGACAUCAUUGGAGAAACAAGUGGAUAUCAAUGCUGCUAUUCAAGCCUUAAUUGAAUCACAGACUCUCCUACAGAUGGAGAGCUACCAAAAUGCCGAAGUAACUUUAAUUGACCACAGUGCAGAGAUAUUCAAAAACCCUGACCACCUUAGCAGUUUACUGCAAAGCAUCAAAAAUCCUCUUGGCACACGAGAUAACCCAGUACGAAUCUGCAAAGAUUUGCUUAACUGUAAACGCAAAGUAUCAGAUGGAAAGUAUUGGAUUGAUCCAAAUCUUGGAUGCCCCUCAGAUGCUAUUGAAGUUUUCUGCAAUUUUAGUGCUGGUGGCCAGACAUGCUUAUCUCCUGUUUCUGUGGCAAAGUUGGAGUUUGGAGUUGGUAAAGUCCAGAUGAACUUCCUUCAUUUACUGAGCUCUGAAGCAACUCAUAUCAUCACCAUUCAUUGUUUGAACACUCCAGUGUGGACUAAUGCUCGGACAAGGGUCCCAGGAUUGUCUGUUGGUUUCAAGGGAUGGAAUGGCCAUAUUUUUGAAGAAAACACUCUACCUGAACUAAAAACUCUUUCAGAUGACUGCAAGAUUCAAGAUGGCAGCUGGCAUAAGGCAAGAUUUCUUUUUCACACCCAGGACCCCAAUCAACUUCCAGUAAUAGAAGUACAAAAUUUUUCUCAUCUCAAAAAUCAACAGAAGUACUUCUUCGAAAGUAGUUCUGUUUGCUUUCUUUAAAGACUAUGAAUUAGUUCAGAAUUUGUGUUAUUGGCAGGUAAUUGCUGCAGAGAGAAAAGUAUAGACAGAAAGACACUAUCAUGAAGUGCAUGGAAUGAAGCAUUGGCUAAAUUAUAAAGAAUCUCAGGAAGAAAAGAUUUCCUCCUAAAAAAGGAGAAAAGGCAUUUUUAAAGGACUAUGAUCAAUAAAAUAUUUAAUUCUUUUAAAUUUUAUAUUACUAUGAGCUGUCUUAGAGAAUUCCCUAGAGUGAAAAUGUAUGAGUAUGGAAUUCUUUAGGGUAGCCUAUGUUUUUU